AUGUAUCAAAGUCGGUAUGAAUUAAUUCUCAGGCAACAACCAAAACAAUCAAGGAUGUGUGGUAUUGGUGAGAAAGCUGACAGACGUCCUAUAGAUCCACCUCCAAUAAUUCAGUUAAAAGUUCAUGAUGAUAGUCUACCACCAGCAGAAAAGAAUUCAUUUCUCCAGAAUCCUUAUUUCUUUAUGUAUGCAUCCCUUGUAGCUCCUGAUACAAAUGAAGAAUUACACUUACUUCGUGAUGGAAAAACACGCUCUACAACCGGUUCUGUUGUUUCUUCUCUAUACCAUCUUAAAGAUGUCGAUAAUUCUGAUGCUGGAUUUUUUGUAUUUCCUGACUUGUCUGUGCGUAUGGAAGGGACUUAUCGCCUUAAAUUAAGUCUAUUUGAAAUAGUUUCACGGCUAGUCAAAAGAAAGGAAUUAGAACAACUUGAAGACGCAGAUGGAAGUAGAAUGAAACGUGUACGUGGUGAUGGAAAAUAUGAUGAUGAUAGUCACGAAUCUUCGGAAACAGAAAUGACGGAUCGUACGCGAUCUUUAGAAGAAGCACGUUCAAGGAGAAGUCCGGAGUCAUUGGAUAGACGAAGGGAUCACGGAAGAAAAACUCCUCCAUCUUCCCGUCAUCGGGGACCUUAUGAUCCGUAUGGUCAUUAUGAUCAUAAUGCUGCUAUAUAUGGGCAUGGAUAUCCUAUGCAUCGACCUCUUCCAUGGCACGACCGCCCAGAGUAUAUGGGUGAUCCGCAUUAUGCUCCUUAUUAUGAUCCGUAUGAUAGAAGAUACGGUUAUCAUCCAUAUUAUUAUCCACCUCCAUUACCAGAUGGUUCGGAUCAUCAUCGUUAUCCAUAUCCUCCUCCACCUGCAUAUGGUAGACCUCCAAUGUAUCCAGGUCAACCGGGAUAUUAUGAUCCACCACCAAGAAUACCUCAUCCUUCAGGUGAAUCUUCAGGAGCUGUAAGACCUUACGGUUAUGAUCCAUCAAAUCCGUAUCCACCACGACCAUGGCCUCAUUAUGGUGAUCGUGCACCAGCAAAUCAUAGCACUGAAUCUUUGUCUUCUCCUUAUCGUGGAAGUGGUCCGCCUCCAGUGCCAUUACAUGGACCUCCAUUAUAUCCAUACCCCGAUUAUUACCCUGUAUACCCUCCUCCACCGAUGGGUCCUAUUCAUCCUCCUCCGAAACAGGAUUAUGGUCCAAAUGAUCCAGCUUCGAGUCAACAUGGGCAGAACCCUUCAAAAAUUCCUAUUCAAGAUCUUUUAUCUACUGAACAACAUCAAUCUCAAUCUAAUGCUGAACGUGGUGUUGCCAGCGUUCCACCACCUCGUAUGUAUGGUGCUCCACCAUCUGCCUUUGCCCAUUUUUAUCCUCAUCCUGGUCGUCCACAUGAAUAUCCACCACGGCAUGAUCUGUAUGACCAUCCUCGAUAUCAACAUGAAAUUGGGUACCCGUCUCAUGAGACUUAUGGGCAAAGCUUCGCUUCAAGCUCUACAAGCGCUAAGGCUGUUCAUCCUCCUACAGUAUCGCAAUCACAAGAUUCUGCACGUUCAUCAACAAUUACUUCAACUCAAGCAGCAAUGCCAUCAUCUACUUAUAACAGUGGGCCCAUAGUUCCAGCUGCAUCACGUCCAGCAGUGUCCUUACCUUCGUUGGCUCCUUUAAACGUUUCCGAUCGAUAUGCAAGUAGUUCUUCUAGUAUUCAGGCUCAUCCUUCAUACCCUACUUCUACAACAUCGCAACAAAAAUCUCCGAAACAAUCCACAUCACAGCAACAUUCACCUUAUGAACAACAACUUCCUUAUUCUCAAUCCUCUUUAAAUUCAUCAAACAGAAUGUCAUUCUCUCCUAUUGCGGAAAGUAGUAAUGAUACAAAUUCUUCAGGGUCACUUUCAGGAACUCGACAGUGGGAUCGAUACUUUGCAGUAAAUAUAGUUGAAAGGCCAAGAUUCAGGUAA